UCCCUCAGCGGUGGUGUGCGCAGGCGUGUUCCGGAUUGUCUUCUGCGCAGGAGGACGGCGUCCUGAGCCGGUGGCGGAGCGGGUUUCUUUGCCGCGGUGUAAAUAAAGUUGUUUUUUUUUUUCUGUUCGGCGGAAUCGGCGUCUCGCCCGAGUAACUGCGGGUGUGUAACCCGGCGAGCCGCCUUCAGGUCUGCGUGCAGGUUUGAAGAACCGGCUUGUUUGAGGACGCUGCGUAAUAAAAAGGCGUUAAGGGGUCUGCCGUGAGCGGGACUCGAACCCGGGUCCUGUGCGGUUAGUCUCCGCUCCCGUCUCGCACAGACAUGCCGAAGCGCCGCUGCCCGUGGGCCGACAGCGCCCCCCUGCAACUGAAAACACACGUGACGCAGAAGGAGGUGAACGAGGGCGUGGCCAGAGACACGAACAUGACGGCUGUGUACGGUAGGAGCGAGCGCACAAAGUCUCUCCUGUUCUCUGGCGCUCGCUCACUCAAGUAUAGUGACUGCUCUUUGAACCCCGAAUCCGGCGAUGUGGGGGACCCCCCAGCCGGGCCACUGCAGGGGUCAGCCAGGGGUCAGAUGAAGCUGGGGCCACAGGGGAAGCUACUGAAGACCCCGUCCGACAAAACAGAGCCCCCCUUCCCGCCCCCGGGCUGUGCCCUGUGCUCGCGCGCUGGCUCUAGCGCCCCCUGUGUCCGCUGUGAGAAGGCAGCCUGCAGGAGCUGCCAGCGUUGGUGCAGCCUGUGUCAACAGACCUUCUGCUUCCUGUGCUGCGCGCCCAACUACGAUGAGAGAGACGAGCGUUUGAUUUGUGUCGACUGUCCGGCUCUGUGAGGGGGGGGUCGGGGGUUGGGGGCACAAUUCCCUUUUUAAAAUCAAUUCCCAAAAUCAAUUCCCAAUUCGCAAUCUCUUCUUAAUGAAUUCCGCGCCAUCGUGGAUCAUUCUGUUACGCUGGGACCGAAGCCGCUGUCUGCUGGUCAAUUAAAACAGAAGGAAAAAAAAUCCCUUCUUUUUAAAACGUCAAUUCCAUUUUCUUCGAGAGGAAAUUGGGCAAUUGAUUUGAAAAAGGGCCCCGAUUUCGCGCCCCGCCCCCCGGGACCCCUGUUGUGUCGGGUCUCUAUUAAAAUCUCGAGGGGCGCUCUGUGAUGUCCCGGAUGAGCACGCCCACGCUGAGCAGCAUUUCAAACUCGCGAUGCCUUCCUCGCGUUUGUGUUUCUCUACUCCUGAGAUUUUUGUAACUCUUGCAUCGAUGUAAAUGGUUUUGUAAUAAUAAUAAUAAAUACGAAUUAAUAAAGUUUUUUUUUU